AUGAAGGCCUUCUUUGAUUCGUCAACGGAAGACUCUGAACUCAGCGCCAAAUCCGUCUACGUCGGCAACUUCGACACCCAGUUCACCAACAAGUUCCACAACUCAAUGCUUGACGACCUCAAUAAUUUCGGAUUUUCGGCAGAUUAUUGCACUGACAACUCGUUCAAAAAUGAAGGCGCGAAACUAGCGAAUUAUGCGACGUCCUUGGCGCGAACAGCUGUCGACCUCGCUCUAAAAGAAACCGAAUUUUCUCCGGACGAGCUUUCAUCCCUUUCCGUCUCAGAAGAGACAAUUCAAGAACUCUUCUGUUGUUUCCUCGGAAAUCCCCAGCAAUGUGACUUGAUCUCGCCACUUUUCAACACGACGUUUUCGGGGCGAAAGUUUUCGACUACAGGCGCUCAGGUUUUACCCCACUGGAGACCUCCUCGAUUCGACUUUUCUUCGACUGUAUCUGGAAGCAAUCCACCCGUCCCGCUUGACGUGUUUACGAAUACGAUGAUCUACUUCACGGGCGAAGACGUGGAAUGCGACUCGAGCAAUGUUACCGACUGCUGGGAAAAGUGCUCUCAAGAAAACAUCCAGAGCGGCGUUGUUGACAGGCUAUUCGAAUAUCGAUUGCUCCGAAACAACACAAUCUGCAAAAAGUCGCCAGUGUAUCAAGUGUUUGCGCAGAGCCCAGCGGGGAGGAUCGAGAACUACGACUUCGAGAAGAAUGAAGCUGGCUUCUCUCUUUGGAGCGAAUCACAAUGGAACGGCGGCCUCGCCGAAGGAAGACUAUUCCUGAAGCAGUCGCCGACGAGCGAGAACAUCAUCCUCUCAGUCGGCGUCAUCUCGGUCUUCUUCGCCUAUUUGAUCUCCUGGCUGGUCAAGUGGAAGUCUGCCUCGCUGUUUACGCCCUCGCAAGGGUUUCUGAAUCCAGUCUCGACAGUCGCCUCGUGA